UUAAUAGAUUCUUUGGUCUGUAUCUUAUACUACUCUAUUUUCUGUACUCUGUAGUCUGUUGGUCCGUAAAAUAUGUUCCUUGGCCUUGGGGCUUGGUCUGUACUCUGUGGUGUGUUGUGAAUGUAAAAUGUGAUUUUGUGAAGUGAAUAUUUUUAUUUUGUCAGAUCUAGAAUUUAGGAACGAAUAACCUAUCUUUGAAUAAGCAAGCUUAAAGACUAUUUAUUUUUAACAGACGACAAAGAAAAGCUUUAACGUAUAAAUACAAAAUGCAGUUACUCAGUGUUCAUAGAACUUUUCCUAGAUUUAAGCAGUUAAUUUUCCGGGGAUAUAGUCAAGCUGUCCAAAUUCAAAACGAGGAUUAUACCGAUGCACCUGUUUAUCCUCCAAUAUUAGACUUGAGUUUACCAGCUAAAAAACUACGCACAAGACAGUCCUUACACAAGAAAAUACAAAACAUAAAUACAGUUGAAGAAAAGCAGAUUGCUCUGAAUAUGCCUCGCUAUUACGGAUGGCAAAGCAUAGUCUUGAACGAAAACAAAAUACCUUUUAAUGCUAUGCCAUUAGUACAGCAUUACACAAGAACACAUUUUCAACUGUUAGAUAAACUUCCUGAUAUAUAUGCUGAGUCAAGUGCAACUGCUGAUAUAGUAUUACAAGAAAUAAAAUCUUGUAUUGAAGAAUGUAUAGUAACAGAAAAUGAAGGUGUUGAGCGUAACUUCGUAACAUCCUUAAAUAUACCUGAAAAGCAGCAAAUUGCUGAUGCCCAUACAAGAAAUAUAGUGAAACAGAUUAACAGAAUUAUAUUGAACAAUUUGACAGAUAAAGUCUCACAUGUUUUGUCUUCACAGGUUGAUUACAAUCCCCGCCAUGAAGCAUUUUGGUUUGUUGGUGGUGUUCAAUUACCAAGUACAGUGCUCAAAUGGAGAAAAAAACAGAAAUAUUAUAAAAACAGAUUACAUGAACCUCUAGAUAGGCCUGUACAAUAUAAAGGUUCCCCAUUACUUACAAUAAGAAAUCAUUUGCCUUUAAAACCCAUUAUACCAUACAGUGAAAUAGAAAAUCCUGAUUUCAAGGUUCCCAAGUUUUCACACUGUCCAAAAACUGUAGGAUACUUUACUGAGUUCAGACAUGGAACCAAUAUCCCAGGGUUUUGGCCUGGAGAUUUUGACGAGUUUGGUCUUUUGUCUUUCCAUGGUCGAGGACAUAUUCUUGAUAGAAAAGACUCAUUUGGGCAAGAGGACAAUUUGGAGGCAUUGCAUUGCCAAGCUAUCCAAGCUAGCUUUGGAUGGUUGCUUGCGCAAGCUAACUAUCAGGGAUUCACAACAUUCAAUGACUUGACCUAUCCACUAGUCACACAGACUGUUGUAACUGAUGGCCAAAUGGUUUCUUUUUAUGCUUAUCAAUUAAAUACUACUGUAAUACAUAGUGAUGAAGUUGAUAUUAAUCCAAAACACAAUAUUUGCUUUGGAACAAAACCUAUGAAGUUAUAUGAAAGUAUUGAAAAUGGAAGUGUUAAAGGCUUAAAUGAAGAUGUAUUAAAAAUGUUGAUACAGUUCUAUUUAAAUGCUCCAGAAGAACGUGAUCACGAAAUGAAACCUUAUCUUGGAAAAGAAGAACAGAUCAUAGCUGAUAUUGAAGAUGAUAACAAACGCUGUUGGUUAGAAUCUACAUACAAGCAUUUAGUAUCAAAUAGGCCAAAACAUAACCUAAUUCCUGAAGUUUAUGACUGGGAAAAGAUAUACAAAAUACAAUUCAAUACUCGAUUCUAUGAAGCUAGAAGAAGACCUUUUGAACUAGAUAUUAAUCCAUUCCAAAGAAGAUUGGACGAACAUUUGCCACCAUAUAUACCAAAAGUUUUAAGACCAUAUCCAAAAUCUAAAAAGAAGUUUGAAACAACUUACUAUCCUAAAGUGUAGUUCUUAAUUUAUUUAGUUUGUAUGUAGAUUUAUUAAAAAUAAAAUCUUAUCAGUUAAA